AUGGGUCCUCCCCCAUCUGGGCUGUCGGAGGUCCUCGCGGGUCCUGGGCUGUCGGAGGUCCUCGCGGGUCCUGGGCUGUCGGAGGUCCUCGCGGGUCCUGGGCUGUCGGAGGUCCUCGCGGGUCCUGGGCUGUCGGAGGUCCUCGCGGGUCCUGGGCUGUCGGAGGUCCUCGCGGGUCCUGGGGCUGUCGGAGGUCCUCGCGGGUCCUGGGCUGUCGGAGGUCCUCGCGGGUCCUGGGCUGUCGGAGGUCCUCGCGGGUCCUGGGCUGUCGGAGGUCCUCGCGGGUCCUGGGGCUGUCGGAGGUCCUCGCGGGUCCUGGAGCUGUCGGAGGUCCUCGCGGGUCCUGGGCUGUCGGAGGUCCUCGCGGGUCCUGGGCUGUCGGAGGUCCUCGCGGGUCCUGGGCUGUCAGAGGUCCUCGCGGGUCCUGGACUGUCGGAGGUCCUCGCGGGUCCUGGGGCUGUCGGAGGUCCUCGCGGGUCCUGGGGCUGUCGGAGGUCCUCGCGGGUCCUGGGCUGUCGGAGGUCCUCGCGGGUCCUGGGCUGUCGGAGGUCCUCGCGGGUCCUGGACUGUCAGAGGUCCUCGCGGGUCCUGGACUGUCGGAGGUCCUUGCGGGUCCUGGGCUGUCGGAGGUCCUCGCGGGUCCUGGACUGUCAGAGGUCCUCGCGGGUCCUGGGGCUGUCGGAGGUCCUCGCGGGUCCUGGACUGUCUGAGGUCCUCGCGGGUCCUGGGCUGUCAGAGGUCCUCGCGGGUCCUGGGGCUGUCGGAGGUCCUCGGGGGUCCUGGGGCUGUCAGAGGUCCUCGAGGGUCCUGGGGCUGUCGGAGGUCCUCGCGGGUCCUGGGCUGUCAGAGGUCCUCGAGGAUCCUGGGGCUGUCGGAGGUCCUCGCGGGUCCUGGACUGUCGGAGGUCCUCGCGGGUCCUGGGCUGUCAGAGGUCCUCGCGGGUCCUGGGGCUCUCAGAGGUCCUCGGGGGUCCUGGGGCUGUCAGAGGUCCUCGCGGGUCCUGGGCUGUCAGAGGUCCUCGCGGGUCCUGGGGACUGUCGGAGGUCCUCGGGGGUCCUGGGGCUGUCAGAGGUCCUCGGGGAUCCUGGGCUGUCAGAGGUCCUCGGGGGUCCUGGGGACUGUCGGAGGUCCUCGGGGGUCCUGGGCUGUCAGAGGUCCUCGAGGGUCCUAGGGCUGUCGGAGGUCCUCGAGGGUCCUAGGGCUGUCAGAGGUCCUCGGGGGUCCUGGGGCUGUCAGAGGUCCUCGGGGGUCCUGGGCUGUCAGAGGUCCUCGGGGGUCCUGGGCUGUCAGAGGUCCUCGGGGGUCCUGGGGCUGUCAGAGGUCCUCUGGGGUCCUACAGGGGACUGUCAGAGGUUCUCGAGGGUCCUAGGGCUGUCAGAGGUCCUCGGGGGUCCUGGGGACUGUCGGAGGUCCUCGGGGGUUCUGCAGGGGACUGUCGGAGGUCCUCGGGGGUCCUGCAGGGGACUGUCGGAGGUCCUCGAGGAGGUCCUGGGGUUGUCGGAGGUCCUCUGA